AUGGAACCCAUCAAGAUUUGCAAUUACAAUAUUCAAAUAACCUUUAUUUAUCAUCUAAAUUACAACAGGAAUGAAAUAAUGCUUUAUAGACAUUCAAGAAUUUAGCUUCGUUGUUUGAAAAUCAACUUAAUCCUGUCAACUAAAAUUAAGAACUUGUUAAUGAUCCAAUUAGAUUAUAUUUAAAGCAGUACAUAAGCAAAUAUGAAUUGGGUUAAUUUGAAAAGAAUCAGUUUGAAUUAUUGA